AAUUGUUUUCAGUUGAAGCUUUUGGUGCACCAACCGAACCCCAAAUUUUUAAAUCUAUCCUUUUCACUUGUAUUGAAGUUUGGACAAUCACCUGCCACACAGGUCAUCCUCAAUAAUAUAACGAGCAGCAAUUAUUUAAUAUCUACCUCCAUAUAUAUAUAUAUGGCCCUCAAGAUUUUCAGUGGCUCCAGAUACAUGAAAAAGCCUGCAAAGAUGAAGGAAGAUCAUCAUCACGUCUAUCACAGAAGGCGGCCGACAUGCACAGUGACGGCAAUAUUGACUGCAAUUGCAUACACACUGGGCGUCAUAACGUCGCCUCUAGUACAAUCUCACGACGCCACCGCCAAACCGGCUGGGCCGGUAACCAGUCCAGUAACGUCAUUGAUGGUAGUUCAACAGCAGCAGAACCAGAAUUCACGGCAACAGACGGGAGAUUUGACGCGAUUUGACGCCCACUGCGCAGAGCCUGUGGCGUCAAAGGAGGUCCGAAAGACAAUAAUUGACGGUCUCUUCAACGGGACCUCGCCAUUUGACGGCUUUCCUCCUGAGCAUGUUAAACCCUUUCUGCGCACCAAGCGCGUCAAAGGCUGGGGUUCCACGGGGACUGUGUUUCAGCGGCUAAUUAAUGAAGUUAAGCCCCGAAUUGUGGUCGAAUUGGGGACUUUUCUCGGCGCCUCUGCGCUCCAUAUGGCCACCGUUGCGCGUGACCAGGGGCUAAAGACGCAAAUUCUGUGUAUUGAUGAUUUUAGGGGCUGGCCGGGGUUCCGUCAAAAAUUCAAGGACGUUGGCCUCGUCAAUGGCGAUGUGACGCUGCUUUACCAGUUUAUGCAGAAUGUUGUGUACAUGAAUUUGACGGCUGCCAUUUUGCCGCUGCCUUUUUCGACAGUUUCCAUGGUGAGAAAGCUCUGUGAAUUUGGGGUGUAUGCGGAUCUCAUUGAAGUUGACGCCGCUCAUGAUUUUCUGUCGGCCUGGGCGGACAUUAAUACGGCUUAUGCUGUGUUAAGGCAUGGCGGCGUCAUGUUCGGACAUGAUUAUCAUACUAAAUUGGACAAUUCUGGCGUCAGAAGGGCCGUUAAUUUGUUCGCAAAGGUUAAAGGUUUGACGGUGGAGUGUGACGGCGAGCACUGGAUUCUUCGUCCACGGGGAAAUAGUCUGUAGAAAUGACGGAGAAUUUAUUUAAAGGCAUUUGUAAGUUUUUCUCCAAAGGAGAUUCUUCUUCGUUUUUUUUUGGAUUUUCAGUAUGGGAUUUUUUUUGUGUGGCCGACAGACCCCCGCCGUGUCAAAUAAUAACGGGUUCCAUUUUAUUUUA